AUAUAGAAUUUUAUCCAUCGAUUCUAGUGUGACGUAUUUUUUCCUUGUAUCCAUUAUAUCCAUACUAAAUGUACUUACUGCCAAUUUUUUUUUCAGUUGUUCCCAGCUUACUUAUUUUCAUUCAUAACAAUAAAUAGCAGUCUUCAGUGUUUUGAUUAAAUUCUUAUCAAUUACAAAUAACUAUUACGAGGUAUAUAUUUGCUAUAUAAAGAUUCGGACUUAAGUUUCUUCACACUUCUGACCUAACUUAAAAAUUGGUCAAAAUGUGGUCACAAUACAUUUUUUUGCUGCUUGUUGGAUGUAUAACUACUGCAACUACUUCUGCUUGGAUAGAUAAUCGAGAAUAUGUUUAUUCAGUUCAAGGACGCACGCUUGCUAGCCUUGACAUCGCCAACGUAUUCUCUGGAAUAUUGAUGAGAACUACCUUGAGAAUCCAAACUAGACCAGAUGGGAACCUACAAGGUUUAUUGGUGAAUCCUCAGUAUGCUCAAAUUCACUCUGAACUGUCAGAAGGUCCCUUGACUCACAUUCCAAGUGCUGAGGUGAACUGGAAACAGUUAGAAAUGAUUAGAAAACCUUUCCAAAUAGUAAUGAACCGAGGAGUUAUAUCUGAUCUCGUUGUAACUCGUAGUAUGUCUAAUUGGGAAGCUAAUAUUCUCAAAGGAAUUAUAAGUCAGCUACAAUUAAAUAUUGAUCACUGGGGUACUGCAGAUCCAGAUUCAUUUAUAAUUCCCGAAGAAACUGUAAGUGGUACCACUGAUACUUCAUACAAAAUAAAUCGCAUACCCGAAUAUUUGCUUUUAAAUUCAGAAAUAGUGCCUGACUUCCAAAGUAUAGAGGAGGAUGAAUGUGACAUUUUGGAAGUUGUAAAACACAAAAACUAUACUAAUAGUAUUGAACUGCCAUCUUUCAUAUACGGAUUAGGAAACGUAUUUGGGAAGAAAGCUGCUUCCAACGUAAUGGGAGAAUUCUUUGUAAGAGAUUCAAUGACCAGAGCACUUGUUACAAGAUGUUCAAAACAAUCAACAAUACAAAAUACGUUUACAUUGAAUAAAGUAUCAGUUAGUCCAACUUUUAGCGAUAACCAACAAGGAUCGGUUGUCAGUAUGUGGAACGCUACCUUAGAACAAAUAAAAGUGCAAAAUAAAGUUUUAGAAGAUGUUAUAGACCCAAUUAGAUUAGGUGGACUCGUUUAUUCUUAUGGAAAUUCUCACUCUCAUUCUAAUAAAGUAGAAGAAAAACAAAGAGAAUACAAUUAUUUUGAAUAUAAGGAAGUACCUUGGAAACGGACUGUUAAAUCAAUCUCGCACUAUUCUGAUUCUACAUGGAGAUCAGCCGAAACCUACAAACAAGAAAAACCGGAUUUAAAUAAACCUACUGAAUAUCCUAUGCUACCUUAUACUAUUGGAAACAAAGGUUUUUCUAUAAAAAAUGAUAUCGACAUUGUCCAAUCAGUAGUAAGUAUUGCUCAAGAGAUCGGUAGCGAUUUACAGGAUCCCAGAAAAACUCUAGCAGAGAACACAUUAGCUAAAUUCAUAAACUUAAUCAAAUUAGUUCGCACUAUGGAUCAACAGGAAUUGAAAAGAGCUGGAAAUGAUUUAUAUCAUACCAACAAUGAAGAUCUAUCCAGAUACGCAGCAUGGGCAACUUACCGUGAUGUAGUAGCUGAAUCUGGAAGUUUACAAUCGUUACUUGUUAUACAAAGUUGGAUUGAAUCCAGGAACCUUAAACUAAUGGAAGCUGCUUACGUCAUUGCUCAAAUGAUGAACUCAGUUCAAACACCCACUACUGAAUAUAUUAAAACUUUGUUCGAAUUUGUUAAAAAGCCGGUCGUUUCAUCUCAAUGGCCGUUAAACGAAACAGCAAUAUUGAGUUUAUCUGAGCUCACCCGUAAAGUAUUCUUCGAUGAUGCAUUCUACAAAACAAAUUACCCAAUAGAAAGCUAUAAAAACUUGAGAGAUGAACAAGGUCGUGAGUAUGUCAGAAAAACAAUUAUCCCUUACUUCAAGAAAUGUCUUGAUUCAGCUAUAAUUGAAGAUGAACCUACUAAAAUUCAUACUUAUAUUCGCGCCUUGGGUUUCAUCGGGGAUACUGAAAUACUCAGAGCUUUUGAACCAUAUUUAGAGGGCAAAAAAAUGUGCUCCCAAUACCAACGCACACUAAUGGUUAUUGCAAUGGAUAAACUUGUGAAAACAUAUCCAGAUAUAGCUCGCGAUGUACUGUAUAGGAUAUAUGAAAAUAGUGGUGAAUAUCAACCCCUGAGGGUUGCUGCCGUAUAUCAAUUGAUGCGUACAAAGCCAUCAGUCGAAAUGUUGCAACUUAUGGCCUCUUACACUAACGUAGAUGUACAGGAAGAAGUCAAUGCUGCUGUUAAAACUUCCAUUCAAAGUUUCGCAUCUCUGAAAUUGGACGAAUUUAAAGAUUUACGUUAUGCUGCUGAAAUGGCUUUACCACUUCUAACAGAAACUGAAUAUGGGCUUCAUCAAGGCGGUAAUUAUCUGAGAACUUAUAUUGUCGAUCAGCUAAAUCUAAAAUAUAAAGAAACUUUACAACUGUAUGGAAGCAGUGAUAGUUUUAUACCAAAAGGAUUUAAAUAUGCUUGGAGGUCCAAUGAAGGAGGGCGUAGAAACCAAAUAUUGAAUAUACAAACAUGGUUAACAAGCGUGGACCAACUUUCUCGAGUAUUUUAUGAACAAACAGAAUCAUAUCAUCUAGCAAAACAACAACAAAAUUUGAAGCGACAGCAAAACGUAACAUUAAGCAGUCAAAAUAUUGCUCGUAUUCUAAACAUGCAAGCUCAAGCAGAUGAACAGUUGGAAGGAAUUAUGUUCUUUAUGGAUGCUGUUUCACCUUUAAAGAUGUUGACAUUUGAUAACAAUACAAUUGAACAACUACCUCAUCUACUGAAACAGCUUGAAAAGUACUUGAAUGAAGAUAAAGAAAUUAACGAAGUAAAAUUAACUAACAGCGAAGAUGCAAUCAUGGCAUUACCUCUUGAAAUGGGUAUCCCAUUUGUGUUUAUGUACGAUGCUCCAACAGUUUUGAAAGUCCACGGAAAAGUAAAAGCUGCGGUUCAACCAAAUUUGUCCGAAUGUGGUCGAUUCCAAAAACCUACUUUUAUUAAGAUCAGAACAGAUAUGGCAUUUACGUUUGGCUCGAAAAUACAGGGUCACAUUUCGUUUUUCACACCUUUUGAUCGUAGAGAGUAUUAUUCUGGUUUCGAAAAAACAAUGCAAUUACAUCUUCCUAUAGCGGGAACAUUUGAAGUGAAUUUGGAAAAGAAAGAGUUAUCAUUUGAUAUCGAACCUAAAGAGAUACAUAACGAGGCUCCUUUGUUCCAUUACAGUACUUGGCCUUUCACUUCUUGGAGAGAUAUUACAGAUUUGAGAACUCUAGUCGCCCAACAUCAUAAUCAAUAUAUUAAAUCAGAUAGAAUUCGCACUUUUGACACGGUUGUAGGUAAACAACAAACUGGGUUAUCAUAUCGUAUCAAAUUUGAACAUAACAGAGAUACCAUACAAAUGUCUGAUAUUUACAUGUUUUGGCAAAAAGGAAAUCUAGAUGCUAUUAACAAUUUAUGGAGAAACGGUGAUAUUCAAUACAGUCAAUUUAAUUUCACUUACCUCCCUGAAGAAUCUUUGACCAAAAACGUACAACUUCGUUUGAGAUACUACCAGGACUAUAAACAGAAAGGAGAAACUCAUUCAUUCAACUGGAAUGAUGUGAGUUCAGCUGAUAAAUAUUCAGAAAGGAUUAAUACUUUACUGAAAGGAGCUCGUGCCGAUAUUAGAAAUGUUGAAAGCCGAGCUAUUGAUGCCUCAAUGCGUUUCAUAGGUAGCAAAAACAUAGAGCACAUUGUUUCUGGAGCUGUGUCCAAGAGUAACGUAGAUCCAAAAUCCCGUAUAUUCGCUUUUUACAAACUGAAGAAGAGCGACUCCGGUAAACCUUACGAAAUGAAAUUAGAAGCUGUUAAUGAUAUACCAAAUACAAACACUUUAAACGUCGACUAUGCUUUAGCAGCUGAACCCAAAGUAAAUUCUGUGCUUACAUUGACAUUUGAUACUGAUAAUGGUGAAAAAGGGCAAAUUAAAGCUGAUAUUAUGCUAACUAGAAGCGGAAAACGUAAAGAAUUUUUGAAAGAUUUACCAAUGUACCAACAGUGUAAACGAGACAUGCGAGUGAAUAACAACCAAUCUCCUGCUUGUGUUAACAUGACCCUAGCUGCACAGUUGUUGAAUAAAAUUGAUAUAGAUUUGGCAUAUGAUAACUUGAGUCCUCUUGUUAAAGAUAUUGUUGAAACAGCUUAUGAUCACUUGAAAUAUAACUACUAUCCCAGCGUGGAAACUGAUUACGUACAAAAAUCUGAAGCUAGAAACCAAAUCAAAAUUAAAUCACAAUUUGAUGAAGAUUUGCAAUUCCUCAACAUAUCUGUUACCUCUAAAGAGCAGACAACUAAUUUCAAGGAUAUUGAGGCUGGUGAAUAUUCUACAAGUUUAUUCGUAGUCAAUCCUGCGUAUUCUCUGUCAAGUCGAAUUAUGAGUAAAAUUUUGGAAAUUGAUACAAUCAACCGUAAGUUUCUUAAUUCAAUAAAUUUCAAAAAUCCAAUAUCAAUGUAUACGUAUGAUGUUCUAACAUCAGCUUAUUUUUUUUCAGCUGUUUGCGUUGCUGAUCAAUCACAAGUAACAACUUUCAGCAAUUUGACGUAUCCAUCUGUAUUAUCCAAUUACUGGACUGUACUAGCUCAAUAUACUCCAAUUAGGGCUAAUGAAGAAGAAGAAAUAUACUCUGUUCAUGAACAACUUGAAAGUCAGGAGACAAACUUAGUAAUUCUAGCUCGCAAGAGUAUGUCUGCUUCGGAUUCAGAAACAGCUAAAGAUGUCAAAAUUGUCAUCAGCUCUCCCGACACUGACUUUGAAACUAUCGAAAUACUUAUGACACUCAAUCAAAAACUAUCUUCAGUUGAUAUCUAUGUAAAUGGGCAACAAAGAGAAGUAUCAGAAUUUGACUGUCAUGAUAUUAGAAAUGGUUAUAUACAAAUAUUUGCAUUGUCCCAUGGAGAAGUAAAAAUGGAAAUGAAAAAUAUAUUGCAUUUAACAUAUGACGGUAUUCGUAUCAAAUUGGAAGCUGUCUCCAGUUUACUUAGAGGCUCAACAAGAGGAUUAUGCGGUUCAUUUACUGAUCAACAAAACGAAGACUUUUUGACACCAUCAAACUGCUACGCCCGUAAUCAUGAAAAGUUUAUAAGGAGCUACGAAGUUGAAGGACAACAAGGUGAGCAAACUAGAGAAGAGUUGGCUCAAGACUCCCAUCUAUGUGUAGAAAAGAAGAUGCCUCUUCACAUCAAUAUAAUCAGUCUUAAAGAUCUCCUUCCAGCUGUUGAUAUGGAACAAUCUGAAGGUAAUAACUGCACUCGACAUCAGACUAGAUACUUUGAGCAAAGUACCGAAAUAUGUUUCACAACUUCAGUAGUACCUACAUGUAGUAGUGUCUGUCAAGCUGAAGGAUAUAUCACCAAGACCAUACCAGUGCAUUGCAUCGUUAAGAGCAACGUGGCUUUAUUAUGGAAAAAACAAAUUGAUACUGGUGGCAACCCCGACUUUAGUCACAAAAAAGAGCAUAAAAAGUUACAAAUGGAAGUUCCUCAAACUUGUUCCAAAUAAAAUGAGUAGAAGUAUCAGUAGUAGUUCGUCAGUAGAAAUAUUUUCACGAAUAAAUGAUGAUUUCUAUUUUUUUUGUCAUUUUCAAAUACUAUUAAGCCUAUUUCUAUCUGCAUAUCACUGUUUUCAUUAUAUAUAAAAUGAGAUAAAGUGAAAUAUAUGAAUAAAUAUAUACAAUCAA